AUGUUCGCAAUGGGCAAAUAUCAGCAAGCUGAACUUAUUUAUCUUCGAGCACUGAAAGAUCAAACAGUCAUAAGAACGGUUGAAUUACUACCUGCUAUCUACAAACAGCUUGGCUCAGUUUACAAUGAAAUCGGUCAGUACAACAAAGCAAUUGAAAAUUUUGAGCAGUCUCUUGAAAUCAGACUGAAACAACAUCCACCAACGCAUCUCUUCGUCGUUUCUCUCUAUAGUAAUCUUGGAAGCGCUUAUCAGAAUUACAAUGAUUUGGAGAAGGCGUUAAUUUAUUAUUACAAAGCACUCGAAGUGAAAUUGAAUCGAGUCAAACCAGAUAAUAGGGAACUUGCUGCCUUGUAUAACAAUAUUGGUGCGAUCUAUAAGCAACAACAAAAUUAUUCAAAAGCCUUUGAAAUGUGUGAAAAAGCUUUAAAAACACAAGUAAGAGUGCUUUCAGCUCAUCAUCAAUCACUUAUCACGUCCAUCGGUAUUUUCUCACGUGGUAAAAGUUUUCAACACGAUUAUAACAAAGCAGUCGAGUAUUUACGCAAUAUUUUUCGAAUUCAAGUGAGUUCUUUUGGGCCAAUCCAACCAACCAGAACUACAACCCAGGAUACGUUAGCUGCAGCACUGUCCUACCAUAAAAAGUUCAAAGAAUGUUUGGACAUCAUGAAAACAUCGUAUGAAAUGGAACGGGAAAAUUUAUUCUCUUGA